UUCACUUCCCUGUUUUGGCCGUGAGAGCUUGGUAUUCUGACAUCUUCAUGAGCUCCAUUUGGCUUCAUAAACCUGCUGUUGUGAGCUUGUCAAGAUGUUUGUUUGAUUUUUGUGAUUUUACUCGUGUGGAUGGAUGAGGAACAGAUUCAAAACAAUCCAUAUAGUAUGACAGUGGAUCUAAACUCCACCAACAUGUCUGCAACUAUGAAGCCAGAGCAGGGACCAGUGGAGUACCGCAUUUCAGGCCUGAUUUUCUACUGCUUCAUCUUCGUCAUUGGAGUCAUGGUUAAUUUCACAGCUUUAUGGGUGUUUGCCCUAACCACAAAGAAAAGGAACUCAGUCACUAUCCACAUGAUAAACGUGGCACUGGUAGACCUCACCUUCAUCCUGCUGCUUCCUUUCAGAAUGGUAUACCACCACCAGGACUACUGGCCUUUUGGAGAUCUUUUCUGUCGAAUCAUGGCAGCCUUCACCAUUUUCUACCCUUGCAUGGCUUUGUGGCUGUUUGCCCUGAUUAGCACUGACCGUUACAUGGCCAUUGUCCAGCCAAAGCACGGCAAGGAGUUGAGAAACGUCCCGAAGGCUGUGGUGGGCAGUGUUGGGGUCUGGGUCAUGACCAUGGGCAGUUCUGUACCAUUGCUCUUCUCCCAGAAGGACCCUGACCGGGCCUCUAACUUCACCACCUGCAUCAAGAUGCAAGACAUCAUCCACAUGCGCCAUGACAACCCCGUCAACUUUGUGCGACUUAUCUUUUUCUUCCUCGUCCCCAUCUGCAUAAUGAUCGGCUGCUAUGUCGUCAUUGUGGACAAUCUGAUUCAUGGCCGCACCUCUAAACUCAAACCUAAAGUAAAGCAAAAGUCCAUCCGGAUUAUAAUCACGCUCAUUAUUCAAGUGCUGGUGUGUUUUGUGCCUUUUCAUGUGUGUUUGGUUGUCCGUUUGCUGGGGAACGGCAUCGACGGGGGGUAUAGCACUUGGGCAGUCUUCACCACAUUCCUCAUGAACCUAAGCACAGUCUUGGAUAUCAUCCUGUACUACAUCGUCUCCAAGCAGUUCCAGGACAGGGUGAUUAGCGUGAUUCUGUACAGGAACUAUCUGCGGAGCGUGAGACGAAAGAGCAGGCACACGCACACAGGCAGCAUCAGAUCAAUGAGCAAUAUGACCAGCGCAAUGAUAUGAAACAGCCACAGUCAUUUCAAAAUGGGACUGCGAUACGUACUGUGAGCGCUUUUGCACAAUGUAACACUGAAUGCAUCGCUGUGUACAUGGUUCAUUAUCAAAGUCUAAAUCAAGAACUUGCAAUUAAUUUCCAAGGUGUAAUUUACACUCACAGUAUGGGAGUGCUGCUGUUGUGGCAAAAAACAUCUGUGUUCAGAGCUGAUUGACUCACCCAUGAGACUUGAGAUGGUGUUUUUCUUCUUUUUUUUGUGCAUCUUUGCUUUAGCAGACAAAGCACGAGUGGCUGUGUCUCAGGUGUGAUGUGUGCAGGUGAAAAUAAAGCUCACAUUCAUUUAAGAUGUAGCACACAGUAUCUCAAUGUCUGCUUUGUUGUACGUGAACAUUGAAACUCUUCUCAACCUACU